UUGGAUCCAUUCAGUGAGACAAGGACAUCUCUCUCUCUCUCUCUCUCUCUCUCUCUCUCUCUCUCUCUCUCUCUCUCUCGCGCGCGCGCGCACGCUCAAACACACACAAACUUGUGACUACAUGCGUUGUGUUAAUCUGUCUCCAAUAAUAUAAGACUUUGGAAGACAAAAAUUUACAGUUUUGAAUGAAACAUAUCCAUGGUUUACGCUUCCAUCUUCCCUUCCAACUUCAUUCAUCCUUCCCCAAUAAAAUGCAGUAAGAGUUUCGCAUCUCUACACCCUUAUUUUCCUUCAGCGCAACAACACACCAGCAUCAAUACCAAAAAGAGAUAUUUUCCAUUGCCAGGAGUGGCUUCAAUUCCGUAUCCUGUCCCCGCGCCCAUCAACGUGGACUACUUGGAGAGUGAGUUCAGCGGCCAUGGAGUCACGUUUGAGGAUAUUAGCGACAGCUGUGUUGUCAAGAUGGGAUUGGAAAACGGAAGUCUUGCCACCGUGAUGCUUCCAAGUGGCAUGAUCACAUCAUACAAGGCGUCCAUGUGGCAUGGGGGCCUGCUCGAGCUUCUUCACACUUCUGUUUCUGAAGGUGAGGAUGGUAGCGAUCCAGUGAUUCAAGGUGGGGUGUCCUUAGCCUUCAAAAUUGAAAGUGAUGACGAUGGUGGAGUUUCUUGGUCCCCGAAUACUUGGGCACUUCGGGAUGUUAGAGGGAAUCCUGACGAAUCCAUUCAGGUAGAACUGGUUAGCAGUAAUUCGGAGGGCAUGAUUGAAGUUAAACACAUUUUGACUCUCCAACAAGAUCUCUUAAGCUCAGAGCUUGUGUUCUCUAACUCGAAAUCUUCACCCCUUCGCCUGUUGGGUUCCAUCGUAAGUCAUUUGACAGUGAGCACACCAGAUGCAACUUAUGCACUGGGAUUGGAAAGAUCAAAUUUCCACAGCAGACCGCCCUUUUUGUCAAAUUUCAGCAUUAUUCCUCCAGAAUCUGGCCGGACGAAGGAUUUCGAUUUGUGGAAUCCUUUUACGGUCGAGGAACUUUUGUCCACUUGGGGUGCAGGGAAGCAGAACAAUGCCGUUGAUAUGAAAAGCAGGGAAAGAGAAGAAGAUCCAGAGGGCGAAGAGGAUGACAACAAUAAGCAAUUGACCGAAAAAAUGAGCAGAGUUUACACCAGUGCGCCUCGGGAGUUCAUAAUCCUUGACAGGGGUAGAAGAAACUCAGUUGUGGUACAAAGAGAAGGGUUCAAUGAAUUGUACAUGUUCAGUCCUGGCUCAGCUCAUGAAUGGUACGGCAAAUAUGCCUACAUAUGUGUUGGACAAUCAGCCCUGCUCGAGCCUAUAAUCCUGGGUCCUAAAAGUGUAUGGAGAGGUACACAACAUUUGCACAAUCCGAAUCUCUAAACACAGGACACAAUUGGAGAUGAGGAACAUUCAGAAAGGAGAAACAUCAUCCGGGCCUGCUAUUUGGAAAACAGUUUUGUUGAUCGUGAUAAUUCAGUAUGUUUUCUGAUGGAAAUGUUUUGGAUGAAGAAAAGCAUAUAUAGUGAAGAGAAGCCCAUUUUGUAUAUUGCAGUAUGACAUUUGUCAUAGCAAGUUAUGAAUCAUGUACCGUACUGGCAUUGUCCAAAUCCGAUACCCUACACCUCUAAUUUCGUUUCACCUCAAAUACCAGCCGGUACCGGACGAUACCAGCCAAUACCGGACAGUUAUUGUUUGCAGUAUGACGUUUGUCAUAACAAACGAGUUAUUGUUUCCAAGCACCCUACGGUUCAAUGGAUUUUGCAUUCAAUAUUUA